AUGAGUGACAAAUUAGUGAAGCUGUUUUCCCUAAAUUUGAACACGAGUGAUUUAAAGAAAAAAAAAAGAAUUUUGCCUAAAGGAGAUCAAAAAAAUGCAUCUGAUGUGUCUCACAGUUCGAGCAAUGAAGAGAAGCAAUCUAAUAGCAUCUUAGGUUCGCUUUCAAUUAUAACAUCAACAUCAGACUCGUAUAGUUCCAUAAAGACACAGCAGCUAAAUCCGUAUAAAAGGGUAAAUUCUCUAAGUGAGUAUGUCUAUAAAUUUAAAAAAUUGGCGUCUGGAAAAAAUACAGCACUUGAGGGAAACAACAUAUUUAGGAAGUUUAAUACGAAUCAACGACAAUUAAGCAACUGGGGUUUCUGCAAAUAUUCAAGUGACCACUCGAGGGUUCAUUCUGGUUCCCAUUCUUGCAUCGCUUCAUGUUUUCAAUCCUGCAUCAAUUCAUGCUCGAAUUCGUACGCCAAUUUGCUAGCAACUUCGACGACAAACUCACGUGAAGGCUCAAAUUCUCAUUUUGAAUUCAAAUCGAUACCAAGCGGAACUAGUGAUAACGAUGCAACAUGCAACUCGAUUUGUCAAGAAGAGGGACAUUCGAGAAAUGAUCAUGAUUCUUCAUUAGAUAACGAAAUUGAUAAUGCCAUUUCACCUAAGCCCCAACUUCUAUGUUAUUAUAAGAAAUUCAAAUCACAUAUGACUAUAAAUUCAUCCCCCUUGAGCUCUUACUUGAACACCAUUUGUCAUUUAAAUGAGAAUGCAUUUAAUGAGACAUAUGAAUCGAUGAGUAAUUUCUCGAGCAAUUUUUCAGACGAUAUUCCACCCUUUCUCAGAACUGAUGGAAAGUGGUACAAACCCGGUGGACACUUAAAAAGAACCUGCUGGAUUAACAAAACUGCAAUAAAAAAUUUCUUAAAGCGUGCUAGAGAAUACAACGAAACGAUUAAUGGAAAUACACAAAAUGAUAAAAAGAAAGUGAGAAAAAUAUAUUACAAGAAUAAAAAGAUAUGUGUAAGUAUUCAAAUGAAUAAACUAAAAAAUAAAAAAAUAUGGAAAGAACUAACAUAUAAAGAAAAUAAAAAAUUAAUGAAAAAUUUAAGAGAAAAUAAAAACUAUAUAUAUAAUAAAAAAAAUAAAAACUGUCUCUUCAGAUUUUUUUUGGAUUAUAUUAUUUCUUCUUGUUCAGAGGUAGAUAUAAAUUCAUUCAAAUCAAAAAGGAAACUAUUACAGCGACAUGUGGACAGGUACAUUACACAAUUUGUGUUAAGCUGUAGCUGUAGGAACAAAAUGUUUCUGGCAUGUAGAAAUACAUUUGAAUAUGGAAAGAAAAAUAAUGAAAGGAAAAGGGAUGAAAAGAAUGAGAAUGAAAAGAAAGAGAAUGAAAAGAAGGAGAAUGAAAAGAAGGAGAAUGAAAGGAAAAAGGAUGAAAGGAAAAAGGAUGAAAGGAAAAAGGAUGAAAGGAAAAAAGAUGAAAAAAAAAAAGCCAUUGUUGAAAAAGAUCUCCUUGUGGAAAAUGAAAAAAAAAGGGAGGAACAAAAAGUCAAAAAAUUUUCGUCUCUUCUAGCCAACCAAGACAAUAACAUAAUUUUAGGAAAUGGUAAUAUUUUAUUUCCUGGAUGCCGCAUCAUUUCUAAGCACGGACAUAUACACAUUGGUGACAACAAUCUCUUUGAGGAUAAUGUAACAAUCAUUAACUGUACAUAUGAUAACAUGUACAUUGGAAAUUACAAUAUAUUCCGUUCUGGAACUUACAUAACAAAUGUCCGUACGAUAGGAGAUCAAAAUUACUUUGACUAUAAAUGUAAGUGCACCAUAUCCAAUAGUAACAUUGGUUGUUGUUCAUACAUUCGGGCCAAUCUGUUUAGGGGCAAUAUGAACGACAAAAGACAUCAUUACAGGAAAAUUCAUAACACUGUAACGGAUAUGCCCCAGACAUUUCUUGAUGUAACAAAAAGAUAUGCAAUAGAAAUAGAGAAAAAGCUGGAGAAUGCUUUAUAA